AUGGAAAUUUAUCAUCUGCCAAAAGUUGAGCAAAUUGAACUAAAUGUCUAUAUAUAUGAUGAAGUCUCCUACUGUGAAUCGAAAUAUUUUGAUGUUAAUGAUAUUCCCAUAGAUGUUGAAACACAAAAUGAAACAAAAUGUUUGUGGAUCGAAGUGAAUGGUAUCAAAGAUAAACAAAUAAUACACAAAAUUUGCGAAAUAUUUAAUUUACAUACGCUAGUUCAAGAUGAUAUUCAAACGAUCAAUCAACGAAUGAAAUUGGACAUGUUCGAUGAUGGAAUUUAUUUGUUGAUGAAAACAAUCUAUUUACUCGACGAUGUGACAACUGAAACACAACAAAUUAGUUUUUAUCUCAAAGAAAAUGUUUUAUUAACAUUUUAUCAACGAUCAACACCACAUCUCUUCGCCGCUAUCAAACAACGUUUAGCUAAAAAACCACCCACCCCUGCUAAUAAAAACGGUGGAAGUCGCGGCUCAAUGAAAACCAAAAAGGCUGAUUAUCUCUUUUAUUGUUUAAUCAAUGUCAUUAUUGAAAACUAUAUGCUCGUACUCGACUCAAUUCUUACUCAAAUUGAUUACAUCGACAAACAGUUAAUGUUUAAAAAUUCAUCAAAACUCAAUGCCGACACUCUAAAAUACAUUUUUAGUUUGAAACACACGAUGCUACAUUUCAAAGUUCAAUACUCCCCAUUGAAAGACAUAAUUAUUAAACUAAUCAAAACUCAAGAACAUUUGCUGAAGAGGCAACGACCCAAACAUCGAUCGUGUGCUGGACGCCGACAUAAACGACGAAUUACUCGACCAGCACAACGUGAUACAUUUAACUUAAUGAUUCCUACUCUCUGUGAUUGCAAUGAAGAUACAUCUUACUCAGUGAUCCUCAAUGAUUACAUUUACAUUUAUUUCAAAAGUUUACAUGAUCACGCAAUACAACUGGAUGAUACCAUUGAUUCAUACGCUGAAAUGUUGGCGUCAUUAAUUGAUUUCUACAUGAUUUUAAAUGGUGAUUAUAUUAAUUCUAUUGUUCAAAUUCUAACAAUGACAUCAGCUCUCUUUAUGCCACUAACAUUUCUUUGUAGUUUAUGUUCAAUGAAUUAUGAGUAUAUGCCACAGAUACCUUUUAAAUUUGGAUAUUUGAGUGAAGUGAUACUUAUGGUAUGCGUUGCAUUCGUCAUGCUAAUUGUUUUCAAAAUUAAAAAAUUAAUAUAA